GAACCGGAGCCGAAGCAGGAGCCGGAGCCCGGGCGUGGGCCGGCCCGCAGCGGAGGGCGGCUCGACGGCGGCACGGGCAGGGACACCGGCACCGACACGGGCAGGGGCACCGGCAGCGGCAGGAUGGGCGGCGGCGGCCCGCGGCGGCCCGGCGCGCUGCCGCUGCUGGCGCUGGCGUUGCUGGCGGCGCAAGGCGGCGCGGCGCCCCUGCAGCCCGGCGGCUCCCCCGCGCUCACCAAGAUCUACCCCCGCGGCAGCCACUGGGCUGUGGGACAUUUAAUGGGGAAAAAGAGCACUGGAGAUUUUCCUUAUGGUUAUGAAGAAGAAAACAAGAUCCCAUUUUCAGCACUACCUGAAAAUAUCAAGCAGCUGGAUGACUCUCUGCAGUGGGAAGAAAUGUCCAAAUAUUUGCUACGGCUGCUGGAAGGGAAUGAAAAUAAAAGUGCUCACUUCUUAAAAGGAGGGCUUCCCUGGUAUACGAGGAACACCUGGGAGACAGAUGAAAAUAGCAGCUGGAAAGAUAUGAUGGAGUAUUUGCUUCAAGUUGUGAAUAUGAAAGAGAACACUCCAAGCUGAAAGAAGGUCUCUAAACCUUGAAGAAAUUGAAUACUUUCCAUAAGAGACUAUGUUUCCCAAGCACUUGAUUGUAUCAGAUAAUCAACAAGGUUUCCUUUCUGUAAACAAUAUUUCCUUUGAGUAAAAUAUCUAAAUACAAAUAUUCUUGUAUGUUUCAGCAAUGACUACACUCCAUUUUAAAAGUUGCAUUUUCUCACUUGAAUGGCUUUGAUAUGCAUAAUUGUCAUGGAAGGGUCUUCCAAUUAAUUAUACAACGUCUAUCUAAUCAGUUCAUCUCUUAGUUUAAAAUUACAUGACAUUUCAACAUUUGCAAUAAAUAGUUUGAA